ACCCGCUUCCUACUUCGGUUUAUUAUUGCACGUAGUUGCUUUAAAUGCUGGGGGUGUUGACAGGCAGAGGCAGAAAAAGUUUGUUAAACUUUUUGAGUUCUUCGAAAAUAAGUCAAACAUUUGCGGUGUUAAGUUGGAGAAAUGCCGCGAGCUCGGCUCCGCGUGCCUGAACGGUUGAGCUGGCGGGACGUAAGUGGAGGAAGUUUGUCUUUGGUUACCUGAAGGAGCCGAAAGGUGAGCAGCAAGCGCUCAUUAAACCAGUUUCUUGUCGGACGCAGUGAGACUAACUUUCGGAGUGAACUCUCAACGUGUGGAGAGUCGUCGAAGAUGUCCGGGGCUUACGAGCAGGACAGGAGGCGGCGCCCCCCGAAAACAUUUUUGAUCUCCGCCGACCUUCGCGUCCAUGAUGCCGUGGAAGGUUCCAUUCUGCUAAAGCGGGGGUCAUUUUGCCUGGAGCAAGAUUUGGCCAAAAGCAGGGUGGACCAGGCCUUGGUUAAGGUGGUGGAGAAUGAUAUAGUGCUAAAAGUAGACAAAAGGUACCUGGUGGAAGUCCAACCGAGCCUCGCUGGCCUGCUGGAGCCUGUGCUGGACCUGGAGACGCGUGUGAACCUCAUGUGUGAUCCCGGCAAACUGCAGCAAAUGGGUGCUCUGCAGCUCAACACUCCACUCUGGGUCAGUGUUGGCCAGCAGGGCGAGCUGGCAGAGGCGGAGCUUAAGUAUGUGGGACCCCUAAGCAGAGGCAGCAAUGCUGUGUACUUUGGGGUGGAGCUGAAGGGUUCAGCCAUGGGUAAAGGGACCACCAACGGCACCCACAGGGGCCACCGCCUCUUCACCUGCCCUGACGCCUGCGGCCUCUUCGUCCCGGUCAGCCACAUCCAACCCCGCAGCUGGUCCCGCUCCAACAUCUUAGAAGCGCAGGCCCGAGCUCAAGAGCGAGAGCACCACCGCAGCAACGGGCACCGUGGCAACGGGCACCGCGGGGGUGCUGCUCCGCCACGAAACCGUCCCAGCCUCCACAAGUCUCGCCUUCAGCACAACAUCCUACUAGCGACGGCGGAGCCGCCCUCCGCCCCGGCUCAGAACCAGGUUCGAGGCCCAUUUCAGGUGGGACAGCGAGUGAGCGUCCAUCAGGAGGAGAACAUCUGUGCCGGGGAAGUGCGUUUCUGCGGGGCCCUGCCCGGACGCUCCUCCUCUGAAUUUCACGUUGGCGUUCUUCUGGACACUCCUGUUGGGAACUGGGACGGGAUUUACAAGGGGGAGAAGCUCUGCCACAUUCCCAGCAAGCUCUACGGACUCCUGCUGCCAGCCAGCGCCGUUUCCUCGGAGCAAAGCUUUCAUCAGAAACCUCUUCAGCCUAAACCUGUUGUGAAGCAGGCUCCGCCUCCUGCCACCAAGCCGGCCCCUGCCGCGCACCCCCCUGUUGCCACCAAACCGGCCCCCACGACGCACCCUGCUGUUGCCACCAGGGUCGCUCUGUUGCCCCCCACCAAACAGGGACUCAAACCUCCUCCAUUACCCCCGCCAAAGGCUGUACAGAAAGUACUGCCCACUCCCCCGGUCCCGCCCCCAAAACCCCAGAACCUGGCAUUAAAUCUGGAAAAGCCCCACCCCUCCAAUGGCGUGCACCACCCCCCACCACCGCUGACUCCCUCAGACAACGGCGAGAGCCCAAAGGAGAAUGAGGAAGAGGAGGAGGAGGAGCUAAGGAGCGACCUGGAGGUGGGAUCGAUGGUGGAGGUGAAUGACCCGCCCCUGUACGGGGUUAUCCGCUGGAUAGGACGGAUCAGCGGCGUCCCGGAAACGGUGGCUGGGAUUGAGCUGGACCAGGAGCUUUCUGCUGGAACGGACGGCAGCUACCUCGGGGAGCGACACUUUCGUUGUCCUGCCAACAAGGGUCUGUUUGUGAAGCUUCGUAACUGUAGGCGGGAUUCCAGAUUCCCCGCCCCUGAAACGCCUGUCAAUCAAGUGGAACGAUGCAACUCUAUAGCCUUUGCAGAGUGGGGCAGCGAACGCGUGGAAGAGCACACUCCUCCUGUGGAUGGCGAUGAGGCCAGGGAGCUCUAUCAAGGCUGGAAGAAAGGCAUCCAGGGGCACCUGAACUCCUGCUACCUGGAUGCUACCCUGUUCAGCCUGUUCUCCUGCUGCAGCUCGGCUGACUGGCUGCUGUUUUGGCCCUCAAACCCUGAGGAACACCUCAGCUCCUGCCAGGCUCAGGACCUGCUGCGCUGCGAGAUCGUCAACCCCCUUCGAAGGAACGGUUACGUGUGCGCCAGUAAGACCAUGGCUUUGAGACGCAUGCUGGAGGCUGCCAGUAACGACGCCAGCUUCACCAGCCAGGAGAAAGAUCCAGAGGAGUUCCUGAACAAGCUUUUCCAGCUCCUGAGAGUCGAGCCGCUCCUCAAGAUCAGGUCGAUGAGUCGUGAGCCUCAGGAGUGCCACCUGUACCAGCUCUUCCCGCCCACACACUCCCCCUCCCCGUCCGUUCCCGCCUCCCCCGUUGAGUCCCCCAUCCCCCUGUCGUUGCCCUCGUCCAUGAGGGUGGCCAGCGUCCAGAACCUCCUGGAAACCUCUUUCCUGCACUCGGGGCUCAAGUUCGUUGAGGCGCCCUCCUGUCUCCUGCUGCUCAUGCCGAGGUUUGGCAAAGACUUCAAAAUGUUUGACGCCAUCUUGCCCACGCUCAGUCUGGACAUCACUGACCUGCUGGACGACACUCUGCGGCAGUGCAGCAUCUGUCAGACGGUGGCGGAGUGGGAGUGUCUGCAGUGCUACGAAGAUCCGGACAUCACUCCUGGACACCUGAAGCAGUACUGCAACACCUGCAACACCCAGGUCCACAGCCACAGGAACCGGUUGUCCCACAACCCCGUGAAGAUCGGGAUCCCUGAAGGGCCGUGGCCUGACCCCCUGAUGUGCACCCGCCGCACAAUGUCUCUGUUCGCCGUGACGUGCAUCGAGACCAGCCACUAUGUGAGCUUCGUCAAGCACGGCCCCCAGCCCACCGACUGGCUGUUCUUCGACAGCAUGGCAGACCGAGAAGGUGGACAGAACGGCUUCAACAUCCCCCAAGUGAAGGCGUGUCCCGAGGUGGGCCGCUACCUCAGCCUGUCGGAGGAGGAGCUGAGCAGAGUGGACCCCGGCUCGUUGCGGGAGACUGUCCGCCGCCUGCUCUGCGACUCGUACAUGUGUCUGUACCACAGCCCUGAGCUCAGCCUGUACAGGUGAUGGGCCGUCCUGCAGACAGAGCAGCCGGACUCCGCCCUCCCCUCUCCGCUCAGACUAAAAAACGCUGCUCUUCUCUUUAAAGUGGGAGGGGGCUGCUGCAGAUGCUGUCGUCGAAACGGUGUUUUUUUUUUUCUCAUUUUAUUGGACAUAAAAUCUGCAGUUUCACACAGACAAUCCAGAAAAACAGCAUCUUCAAACUAAAAACUUUGUCCCAAAGGUUUGAUGUUUCUAUUUAUUCUAUGUAUAUUUAUUAUCAGCUGUUGAGGAUGAUGUCUGGAAACAAAGGCGGGGCCAAAAGGAAGUUUCCUGCAGGAAGUCGAGAGCAGCAGCGAUUUGUGGAUUACAAAUGCUGGGAUUUAAUCUGAGGAAUUCCUUGUUACUUUGAAUGGGAUUCAGUGUUAAAGCUGCUCUUUUUCAGCUGGGAUGAGAUGCACAUAUUAUUGUCCUACACUGGAUCAUCAACUGAGACUUUUUUUUUUUUUAAUCUAAUCAAGAUUGAUUCACCCCUAAAUGGGAGUUAGUUUAAUGAUUAAAAAUGUCCUCUUCUUCAUCCUCGAUUGGUGAUCUGCUUUCACUGCAUUACCUGUUGGUGAAGCAUCUCUGCUCCAAACAGCCACUCAGCUGGAAGAACAAGAAAGCCGUAACAAUCAGGACACGUGCCUUAUGAACAAUGUGAGCAUAGCUGCAUGCUGGGAAAUAUUUGCACCUGCUUCAAAGAUGUUUAUGUGCUGAACAGCACCGCUGUGACUCGCCACAACCUGACCACAGAACUUGCACUCCUUCACUGACUCGUCAGUGAGUCUGUACAGAAUGAUAUUUUUGCACACAGAUGUUUCAACUUUAUAACUGCUGAUUUCAUAUAUAACAGCCACCGGCAAAAAUAAAUGAAGGCGACCAAAAAUCUGAAA